AUGCGGCCUACUCCACAUAUAUCAUCCUUCCCCCGCAAGGGAUCUUUUGACCAUUCUUCCCCCUCUAUCGAUCCCCGCACCGCGGGGCCUGCGACUUUCUUCCUAUCACGUAGCCCGCAUGCUUCCGAUCUGGAACCUGAAUCCCCUAUCGAAGAUACAGAAUGCUUUAAAGAGAGCCUGUAUGGAGUGCAGAGCUUAGUUGAUACUCUCUCCCAAUCAGAUUUAGCUGGAAGCUGUUCUAUCGACCACCCCGCAGACAAUGGACCGAUAAGAACCCCUUUCAAUAAAAUUGAUGAUUUGGAAGAGUCCCCUAUAUUGCGCCGACGUUCCACAGUUAAACCACUUGCUGGCUUUCUGGCCUCGCCGAUUCAACAACCCACCUCCGACACUAUCUGCCACCAUUUGACCCCGCUUAACCCAGACGAACCUUCUUCCUUACCUAGUAGUCCGAAGUCAAUAUCAAAUCAAUCACUUCGACCUCUGGAUGAUAUCUCCAUUACAGAUGAAAUUAAUAGCCAGGUUUUUGGAUCGGGGGACGAGGAAGACAAGUCCAGCAUUUCACCCCUCCUGGGACCUGCAGGAGCCUCGCAGCUUAUCAUGCCCAGUAUCAGGAUGCCCAGUCGCCGGCCAUUCACCGAACGGGGAAAAGAUAUGGGUCGAUUCAAAUUACUUUUAGCUGGAGCAUCGGGAUCGGGAAAAACAUCUCUGAUCAAAGCCAUCGUUCAGAAGUGUGAGGAUAUCGUGCAUGUCGAUAGCAUGCCAACGAUAAAUCCUCUUGAGUGCCGCCGGUCUUCAAGACCCCACUCUGGAUCCGUCCCCACUCGCGGGGUGGUAGAGAUCUACGCUAGCACCAAACCGUACCCAGCAUGGUGGUCAGACCUCGAAGAUUCGCGCGUUUUACGGCGCCGUAAGGGUCUUGGUGAGAUAGUACUGGAGCGCAAUAUCUGCUUCGUAGACACUCCUGCCACCUAUUCGAAUCAAGAGGGCCAGACCGAUGCGAUCCUUCAGUAUAUGUUGCAACAGUUGCAACGUGCAACUACGAAUAUCGCGGGGCCAACUAUUGAUUUCCAAAAUCUCUUGGCAGGAAAUGGUGGGCCUCAGGUCGAUGCAAUCCUAUAUUUGAUUUCGAAAGAUACCCUCUUGAAAGACGUGGAAUGUAUCCGCAAGCUCUGCGAGUUGACCAACGUAAUUCCAGUUGUGGCCAAGGCUGACAAUCUUCUUCACGAAGAAGUUGCCUUAAUUAAGUCUCAAUUUCACCAGAAGGCCCAUGAUGCUGGAAUCAAGCCAUUUCUGUUUGGAGAUCCACCCCCAGAACUCGACAGAGCACCUCAACCACCAUAUGCCGUUUCAUCAGAGAGAACCACGGACAUGGAAACGAUGGAUGCCAGCACCUUGAUGAGCCCGGACUAUGUGCAGCCACUGGUCAUCUCAGAACUAGACACCCUAGUGCAGAAGUUAUUUGACCACGACAAUCUCGCCUGGAUGAGACACUCCGCCUCCAAGAAACUGAUACAGCGAUAUGGUGAUUUUGGCCGGGCACCUCUCCUGCAAAAUGCUCUUUCUGGCACCACUGGCCCACAGAGGCUGUCGGAGUGGCGUAUUGCAUCCGGAGCCUCUAUGACCUCCUCAAUCUCCUCCCUAUACGAGCCACAACCCGGCUACGCAAUGUCGCGGAUCAUAGAUUACACACGACAUGAGGAGUGCAUAGCUCAAGUCCGUCUUGCGCAGUGGGCAACAGAUCUGCAACGAAGUCUACAAAACGAACGUGAUCAAUACGCAAUGCUAGCCCGAGGCGAUCGUGCCGUAUGGCUUACAGAAAGACUAGGCGAGUGUAUCGUAGAUGGCUCGCUGGUGCCUAUCUCCAAAACACCAGGCUUUUGCGGUCUAAACAUCUCGACCGGCGAAAAGACCAUGCGACGCUGUGGGUCGUCACCGGACUUUCUCAUGUCUAACCUGAAUCCACAUGACCCGCUAGGUAUUGUUGACUGGAUAGAUGACCUGGGACGACGUGGUUUGAUCCUCGUUCAGAUUGUCGGUACCGUUGGCGUUGUGGGUGGGCUGGCGCUCUGGCUCGCUAGAACGUGGGGAUUGCCAGUGCGUAGUUUGUCCGAACUGCAGCUGGAACACUGGUAG